AAAAAAAAAAAUAAAAAAUAAAUAAUCAAUUGGUGAUUCCCGACUUGUAAGGGAGACGUGCAUUCACAUUGAACGAGAACUUAAACAAGCAGCGAGUAUAAAAAGAAACUCGUCAAGACAAGUCAGUCAGUCGCCAACUCGCGCAUAUUGAGGACAGAGUUCGGUUGUGUCUUUAGUGGAUAUUCUAGUGGAAUUUAGAAGAAGAAAAUAAGAAGAAAAAUGGGAAACCAGAAUCGUCAUAGUUUAUGGAUAGGUGCUUUGCUGGGCUUAUGCUUAGUUGCAGUGGCCAGUAGUGAAGAUAAAAUCUAUCGUAUGUGUGUGCCACAAAAGUAUUAUCAAGACUGUUUGAAUUUGUUACGUGAUCCUUCUGAGGCUGGUAUUCAUAUGAUCUGUGUAGCAGGACGUGAUCGUAUUGACUGCUUAGAUUUAAUUAAUCAACGUAAAGCCGAUGUAUUAGCAUCUGAACCAGAGGAUAUGUAUGUUGCAUAUCAUAAGCAGAAUCAGGACUUUCGUGUUGUAUCUGAGAUAAGAACUAAAGAUGAUAAAGAUGCCGAUUUUCGUUAUGAGGGUAUAAUUUUAGUUAAGAAAAAUUCGAAUAUUCACAGCUUAAAGGAAUUACGUGGUGCUAAAUCCUGUCAUACCGGCUUCGGACGUAAUGUGGGCUUUAGGAUUCCCAUAACAAAAUUGAAAAACGCAGAAAUUCUUAAGGUUUCCAUGGAUCCCUUGUUGACCGCUACCGAACGUGAAUUGAAAGCAUUAUCUGAAUUCUUUUCUCAAUCCUGUCUUGUGGGCACAUACUCUCCAUAUCCAGAAACUGAUCGUAUAUUAAAGAAAAAAUACUCAAACCUCUGCGCUCUUUGUGAAAAACCAGAACAAUGCAAUUAUCCAGAUAUAUAUUCCGGUUAUGAUGGCGCAAUACGUUGUCUCGAUAAAGGUAAAGGUGAUGUGGCCUUCACCAAGGUGCAGUACAUUAAAAAAUAUUUUGGAUUAUCACCAAAUACUAAAGCUGAAGGAGACUCAGAUAAUUUUGAAUACUUAUGCGAAGAUGGUACCAGACGUCCUGUAACUGGUCCAGCUUGUUCAUGGGCUCAACGUCCGUGGAUGGGUUAUAUUUCAAAUGCAGAUACAGUGAAUGGCAAUGAUAAUUUACAUAACUUACAAAAUCGUUUGGAAAAAUUCUUUGAAAAUGGUUUACAUGCUGAAAAUAAAGAAGCCGCCUCACAUUUACUCAUAAAUGAUAAUGCUGUCUACCAUAGUAAACCACAACCUGUAUUGCCUCAAGAAUACCUGGAGCGCGCUGGUUACAAAGAUGUCAUUGAACGUGAUGGUAGUGCUAUUAGAAAAAUUAGAUUGUGUGCUAAGAACGAUGUUGAAAUGUCAAAAUGUGAAGCCAUGAGCCGUGCUGCUUAUUCUCGUGAUGUACGUCCAGAAAUUGAGUGUGUGCAAGAGAGCGAUUGCAUGAUGGCAGUUAAAGAUAACAAAGCUGACGUAGUAACAGUACCCGGCCCACACUAUAAAGAUGCAAGAUAUCUAAAAUUGGAACCUAUUGUAUAUGAAAGCUAUGGUGAUAAUAAUGUAUAUGUUGCAGUAGUAGAUCCAAGUAUUUCAAAAGCAGACUUAGAAAAGUUGGCACCAAAUUUUGAUGAAUCGAAUAUUCGUGCGAAAUUAGCAGCUGCUUUCAUAAACAAAAGACGUCGUUUGAGUGUUUCAGCGAAAUCUGAUGAAAAUGGCUUAAUGAUUGUAAACUCAAAGGAUUUGGAGGCCCAUAAAAACAAACAAUUACUCUGUCCAAAUAUGGAAAAAAAACCAGUAACUGAAGCUGCAAACUGCAAUUUGGAAGUGAAUUUACCUGUGGCCAUUUUCAUUCGUAGCGAUAUGACAAGCAUUGAACAACAAACCAUCAAACAUCUGUUCCUUUCCUUAUCAACCAAAUUUGGUACUAACUCCAAGACUGCGGACGUAUUCACUAUGUUCGGGCAGUUUAAGGAAGGGCAAAACAACGUCCUCUUCAGUGAUGAAGCAGUAGAACUCGUUUCUGAGCCAAAGAAUUCGAACGUGAAUGAAAAUAUAUAUACUGCUCUAAAGGCGGAACUCCCAUAAAUUAUUCUAGAUAUAUUAGUAUAUGCAAUGUAUGUGUUAUGAUAUUAAUGAACAUUAAAAAAAUAUUAAAAAAUUUUGUGUUGCACUGAAAAAAUUGA